AUGGGUUCCGUUGCUCCUCAUAUUGCUGAGCUGGAUGGCUCCAACUUCAACAUCACUCGCUCUACCAACCUGCGCGAUGUGCCUCUCCCCGGUUCCGCCGAGGAAUUGAGCCACUCCCACUGUACUGACCACAUGGUCACCGUGCGAUGGACCGCAGCCAAGGGCUGGGAAACCCCCGAGGUCAAGCCCUACCAGAACCUCAGCAUCCCCCCCACAGCCUCGGUGCUGCACUAUGCCACCGAGUGCUUCGAGGGCAUGAAGGUGUACCGCGGCUACGACGGCAAGCUCCGUCUCUUCCGUCCCGAUUGCAACGGCGAGCGUCUGAACAACAGCUCCCAGCGCUCCUCGCUCCCCGGAUUCAAGUUUGACGAAUUGAAGAAGCUUGUUGCCAAGCUCCUGCAGAUUGACGGUCCCCGCUGGCUCCCCAACCCAGGCUCCUUCCUGUACAUCCGUCCCACCGUCAUCGGUAACGGUCCCCACCUGGGUGUCCAGGUUCCAAAGGAAGCCUUGUUGUUCAUCAUUGCCGUCCCCUGGCCCGAUUUCACCAAGAUGCCCAAGGACCCCUCGCAACCCCCGAAGAAGGGACUGAAGCUGUUCGCCUCGUCGCCGGAUACCAUCCGCGCCUGGCCUGGUGGUUUCGGUUAUGCCAAGCUCGGCGCUAACUACGGCCCUUCCCUGCAGGCUCAUGGCCAGGCCCAGGCCCAGGGCUUCGACCAGAUCCUCUGGCUGUUCGGUCAGGAUCGCCAGGUCACCGAGGCUGGUGCUAGUAACUUCUUUAUUGUCUGGCACAAUGCUGAUAAUGGCAAGCUGGAGCUUGUUACUGCUCCCCUUGAUAACCAGCUUAUUCUGCCUGGUGUGACUCGUCGCAGUGUUUUGGAGCUUGUUCGGGAGAGGUUGUCUAACGGUCCUGUUGGCCAGCUUCAGCCUCUUGAGGCCGUUGAGCGGACUUUGACUAUUAGUGAUAUUGAGAAGGCUUCUAAGGAGGGUCGGAUUGUUGAGUCUUUUGUUUCUGGUACUGCUUACUUCAUUACCCCCGUUGCUAUGAUCCGCAAUGAGAACACUGAUAUCAGCACUCUUGGUGUCAAUGAUGAGCCUGCUGGUUACGCUACCCAGAUCAAGUCUUGGCUCGAGGCUAUUAUGUUCGGCAAGGUGGAGCACGACUGGGCCUACACCAUUGAGGAGGAGAAGCAAUAG